AUGGAGCUCCUCUCGCUGCAGUCUCCAUCGGCCUCCCGCCUACCGCUCUGCUUCGCGACGAGCUCGCAUCGUCCGUUGGAGAGAACCGGCUUCCUCUCCGGCCAGCCCCUCAGUUUCCAGGGGACCAGCAGUAGCAACAGGUGUCCGGACGCAAGGAGAAGACUCAGAUUCAUCGGUUUCACGCCUCGAACAGGGGGUAUUGUCGCACGCUCUCAAUUGUGGAGCGGGAUUUUGUCGCGUAUGGAUGCGUUUAGUUUCCGAGUGUUUCGAGAUCGUUCUCUCUGGCCACAUUGUUUGAAGUUCAUCAUUCUUGGAUUGCUAUCCUAACCAUUAGCCAUGCUUAAAUUCUUUUUUUUUUUAAAUCUUCCUUAAGACAGUAUAAAAAUCCUAUGCAGAAACUCGGUUCCGACUCAAAAGUCCAUUUACCUUGACUUUUUUUUUUGUUAGCAUGUAAAGCAUUUUACGAGACACUAUGUUCUCUGUUUCUUCAAUGUACUUUGGGAUCAUUCAUUAAUUUGAGCAUAAUUCAUCGUCUCUAGUCAAGAAAACUGAUGACGAGCAUAUCAAGGUAAUGCCGAAAGCCGACAUCAACUUUUGUCGCGAUAACAAAAAUGCCCCCUGAAAACUGCUAUCAUUCAAUCAACUUUUCCUUUGAACAGUUGUAUUGGUUUUACUGUUAUUUUUCUGCUUCCCUGGUUCUUUUAAUUUGGUACGAGAUUAAUCGCGGCAUUAUUUAAAACAAUUGGGGGUAAUACCGGCUUCAUACGCUGUUGAUUGAUUGAUGAGACCUAACCUGGAAGUUCUCGUUGCUACUUCUUUGUUCUUGAGUUUGAAACUCUGAAAUAUUUGAGCGUCACUAGACGGAUUUCUCGUGGAAUGGUUGGCUCUAUGGAAUUCUGAAGAGUCAAUCAAUCUUGAUGAUGUCACAGCCAUAACGAUUUUUAAUUCUGGACAUUUCUUGAUCAUAUGAUCCUCGAAGGUACUCUGGACUCCUAUCUUGCUCUAAUAAUCAUCAGGUUAGCUGAAUCAGAAACUUAUAAUUAACUUCUAUUGGAUUUUUUCCUGUUUUGUAAAAUUCCAAUAAAAAUUAUUACAAGUAAAUUCGAAGUUCAGAAAUAUGUACUACGGCGUUUCUAUGUACCUAGAUCUUAAGCGCCUAUUUCUAGGUCCCCGUGAGCCUUGUUCCGGGACUCGUAUUACAAUGGGCAGGACGAUUGAUGUGGGUUGACCGGCAUUUAUUGGCGAAUCUCCAAAAAAAAUAAAUCUAAUUCACUUUGCCGUUUGAACUACUUUCUUUAUUUGUUCCUUGAUAUUUAUCAGAUAACUGGCAUCAUUCUGAAUUUUCUUUAAUUCAUUCGGCAAUGGGGAUCACAAUAUGUACACAAAUUGCCUAAGUUCAACUUCUUUAUUCAUACGAAAGUGAAUCUAUGAUUAGGAAAUCAUACGUAUACAUUCGCGUCUUCAUCAAUAAUCUAUUUUGUGCCACAGGAAGCGUUCAAGGUGCAACUGGGUUGAAUCCGAAGGCAACAGCAGAAGCCAAGGUGGAAACCAGCUCAAAAGAUGGCAACCUUGCGUUUGUUGCAGGCGCUACGGGUAGAGUUGGCUCCCGGACAGUGAGGUUUGAUAUCAUGGUCCCAUUUUCCACAACAUGAAAUGAGAUUCAAUUGUGGUCUUACGCACUCGAAAUUUAAUCAGGGAACUCCUGAAGCUUGGUUUGCGAGUAAGAGCAGGAGUACGGAACGCACAAAGAGCAGAAACACUGCUGCAGGUGCAAAGGUUUUCAAGUCCUGGAAAAUUUUCACACAAACCAGUUUCGUGUGAGUUCCCGCUUCGAACUCUAACUUUUCCGAAACUUUGAUUUUCAGAGCGUUAAACAAAUGAAGCUUGAUGCUGCUGCUGUGAAUGCUUCAGAAACACCACGUAAGCUAACCAGAUUUUGCGAGGGUCAUUUUCUGACUCCUACCUCAAGGAAAUCAGAGGACAUGUGCUUUUGAAAACGGAAUUAUGAAUCUGAUUAUUACCAUCGUUUUUAUUGGAUUGGAACUCGUUUUUAUGGAAAAUAACAGACAUUUUUUGAGUUUUAGCCCAGCGAUAGAGCGGCUAGAACUAGUUGAAUGCGACCUGGAGAAUCAACGCGAAAUAGGUCCUGCAAUAGGCGAUGCUUCCGUUGUGAUCUGUUGCAUUGGGGCCAGUGAAAAGGAGGUGCUGGAUGUCACAGGACCAUAUCGUAUUGACUACAAAGCCACCGUAAAUCUCAUUGAUGCAGGUAUUUGCUCAGCACUUAGCAGACAUGUCUGAACUUCCCCGCUCCACUCCCCCAACUUGGCCAUAGCUUCUGAACUUAGGAUGUGCGUCUUUGGUCUGAGAAUAUUCCAUUCUUGAUGGUCUGAGAAUAUUCCAUUCUUGAUGGUCUGAGAAUCGAUUCAAUUCCAGCAACCGCUCUAAAAGUGGAGCACUUCAUUUUGCUUACGUCUUUGGGGACCAAUAAGGUUGGCUUUCCGGCAGCAAUACUGAAGUAAGUUGAGAUUUAUUUUUUCUUCCACAAGUUCAGUUUCUGGUGCUAUGUAGUUGGGUUUAAGUAUAUGCAUUUUUUAUUUACUAUUCAAAAGAAAAUAUUAAACGUAGUCAUAAAAUAUAUUUACAUGUAUUUUAGCUGUUGAUGGAACUUUUUCCCCCAAUAAGCAUGAACAUUCUAUACCAUAUCCGUAAUAGACUGAUUUGGCUUACCAUAGAAUUAUUAUAAUUUUGAGAUUAAUAUAUCAUUUUUAUAGUUUAUGAUCAAGUAGUUUCUGCACUCGUGCAUCAUUGACCUUUUUGUUCACUUGCUUCUGAUUUCGCACAAAUUACAGAUGAUGUAUCGUUACAAGCAUUUAUCUGCGUUUACUCAUGGAAUUUAUCUUCUUCCCUGAUUCCGUUUGCCUCCUCAAUGAAGCUUAUUCUGGGGGGUUCUCCUCUGGAAAAGAAAGUCUGAAGAAGCACUUAUUGCUAGUGGCCUUCCUUACACGGUGAGUAUACAGCAAAAUAGAUAUGGGAGCUUGUUUUUUCUCGAGUGAUUAUUUCAUUCCAUAUUCGAAUAAAAAGAUUCAAACAUUGUACCUUUAUUAAGAAACUCUGCGCUGCAGAUAGUUAGACCAGGAGGAAUGGAGCGGCCUACGGAUUCUUUCAAGGAAACGCACAACAUUGUUCUUGCAAACGAAGACACCUAUUUUGGCGGUCUAGUUUCAAAUCUUCAAGUAAGCACCGUCUCAUACUUCCCAUCGUCAAUCUCAGAAGCAGGAAAUAUUUUCUAUUGGGAAUUUGAUAUGACGAUUGAAUGGUUUGAACCGGACUCGAUAGAAAUCAUUGAUGCUGGACCCUUCUUUUUCUUUCUCUUUUUUGUUUUUAAAUUUUUUUGGAAAUCAAGUGCCAGGGAAAGGAUUUUCCCUGAUCCAAGAACUACGCAGUAAUCUGUGAUGCAGAGAUUUUCUUGAAAUUAAUAUCUUGUCAGAUAGUCUCUUAUGUAUUCCAUGCUUCCCUGAGCUUGCUUGCCUCCAUUUCAUGGAUGGUAGGUCGCGGAGCUCAUCGCAUUCAUGGCAAAAAAUAGAAGCCUUUCUUUCUGUAAAGUGGUGGAAGUCAUAGCAGAGACAACGGCGCCUCUGACUCCAGUGGGAGAACUUCUCUCUAGGAUCCCCGCCCAGCGUGAAGAUACCUCCCCACCAAAGGUAGCUUCCACGGUUUCUCUCUCGCUCAUCAGUGAGCUAGAUUCUCUCGCUGGUUUUCUUUCCAUCAUCUUUCAUACUUCUUCGUAGGAGGCAGUAGCUGCGCCGAAGUCGCGGAGCCUCCCUGUAACUGUGGUGUCCCCCGCCAUCGCCGACGCUGCGAGCGAGGAGCCCACCAAGAAGACGGGGUUCCUCUCCCCUUACGCCGCGUGAGCGACUCGAAGCCGGCCGAUCGUCCCGUCUUGGUAUGAUAGAAACGAAUCGUCUGAUUACGAAUGAUUCUAACAGAUCUUCGUUCCGAUUCGCAGGUACGAGGACUUGAAGCCGCCGACAUCUCCUUCCCCAACGCCGAGCUCCGCCGCCGGCGCCCAGCCCGCUGCACCAGUGAAGUCCAGCGCAGAGAACGGAGCAACUCUGUCUGAAGAGGGUGCCCAAGCUGAAGCCCAGGAGUCAAGCUCUCGAUCGCCCUUCUCUACGUAAGACCUGCCAAGAUCUGGGAAUCUUCCCAGAUCUGAUCCAUUGCCGGCGCUCUGAUAAACCCAUAAGCUCAUCUUUCAUCGCUGAACUGCAUCAGAUACGACGACCUCAAGCCGCCCGCUUCGCCCUCUCCCAAUGCGCCCGUCGCCGGGUCUGAGGAGCGGACGGUGCAGCCAGUGGCAGCGAGGCCUCUGUCGCCUUUCGUGAUGUAAGCCGUUAUAUUUCUUUCUCUGACCUUUCAAUCCCAGACCAUGCAGAACUCCCUGAUUCUCUCUCUCUCUCUCUCUCUCUCUAACAGGUACGAAGAUCUGAAGCCUCCGACCUCCCCGACCCCGUCGCUGCCCAAGUACUAG